UAAGGAGCUGACUCCGCCACUCAGCUGGAGCAGACGUCAUCAUUCAUUCUUAGCAGGGAAGCUAACGCUGAUGCAGAUCACUUCCGCCAGUGUAAACAUGUAGCGGUUUCUGCGGUUCUUGCGUUAUAUUCCUUCCAGCCAGCGGUCUAAAGAACUGAUGGCUCUUUUAGUGGAAGUAUCGUUUGUAGAACCAGACCAGUGCGGUGCCAGCUUGGUUACUAGCUAACACAAUAGCAAGACAACUGUCAGGGGCCGUGUCUUUAUGAAGGCUACCGUUGCUAACAACGGCUAUCUACUACAGCAAGUAUAAGAACUGUAACGGGGGUUAGUCAACCGAAAAAUGUCAAGAGAUGAUUUGCAAUAAGAACUCACCAAGAAGAGGAGAAAAAUGAGGACGACUAGAAGUGAUCGCUCGCCGUCGCCGAUGAAUGGAAAGCAAGACUGGGAAACCAAACGGAAACGGAAAAUAGCAGACAUCACCCAGGCCCUUAGCGUGGAUCCAGUGGACGUAGCAACGCUGAGGAGGAUGGCAAUCAGUGAGGGGGGACUGCUGACUGAUGAGAUUCGCUGUCAGGUCUGGCCCUGGCUCCUCAACAUCCCCCCUCACCUUUUGGAUCAAGAACCUGAAAAAGUAGAGCGGGAAAACAAUAAGGAUUACAACCAGGUCUUGCUGGAUGUUCAGCGUUCACUACGAAGGUUUCCACCUGGUAUGCCAGAUGAGCAGAGAGAGGGUCUUCAGGAAGAACUAAUUGACAUAAUCCUGAGAGUUCUGCAACGUAAUCCCCAGCUGCACUAUUACCAGGGAUACCAUGACAUUGUUGUCACCUUCUUGUUGGUCGUGGGGGAGCGCCUGGCAACUGUUCUAGURGAAAAACUCUCCACACAUCACCUCAGGGACUUCAUGGACCCCACCAUGGACAACACAAAACACAUUCUUAAYUAUCUGAUGCCUAUUAUCGAAAGGGUCAACCCUGAGGUGCAGGACUUCAUGCAGCAGGCUGAAGUGGGCACAGUCUUUGCUCUCAGCUGGCUGAUAACCUGGUUUGGCCAUGUGCUCUCUGAUUUCCGUCAUGUUGUACGGUUGUAUGACUUCUUCCUGGCCUGCCAUCCACUGAUGCCAAUCUAUUUUGCGGCUGUGAUUGUGCUGCACCGGGAGGGGGAGGUGUUGGACUGUGAAUGUGAUAUGGCAAUGGUCCAUCACCUGCUGUCUCAGAUUCCCCAGGAUCUGCCAUACGAGACACUGAUCAGCCGAGCUGGAGACCUCUUUGUCCAGUUUCCUCCCUCUGAACUGGCCAGAGAGGCAGCUGCACAUGAAAGCAUGGCGACUUCUACCUUUAAGGACUUUGAGCUUGCAUCUACUCAGCAACGGCCGGACACAGUUCUCCGUCGCAGACGCAGACAAAAGCAGGGUUCUCCAGAGAGCUCGACAGCGAACCCUGUCAUGACUGUGGCACAACCUUCAACUGCCCGGCGCUUUGUCAGAUUGGCAGUCAUGGGUCUGACUGUGGCUUUAGGGGCAGCAGCUCUUGCUGUGGUUAACACAGCUCUGGAGUGGGCCCCCAAGCUGGACUUGUUUCCUUGAGCUGCCCUAAAACCAACAUGACAUAUUUUCUCUCCUUGACUGGUGGAUCCUUUCCUAGAACCCUCUGAACACUUUUGGAGUCUAACACUGUCUGGAGAGUGCUAACUAAGCUGAACAUCUUAACACUCCUCUGUUGUUGUCAAGGAUGCGACCAAACAUYCCGCUCUGAGAGGAGUUCAUAAGUCCGUGGCAAUUUAUGAAUCCUUAAAAGGGCGUGUAGGUUUAAAAGCUGCUGGCGCUCCUAAAUGAAGAAAUUCUCCAUGUUAAAAUGAAGAAAAUAUUUCCAAGGAAUGUUGUUAAUUGUGUCAUAAUUAAAGUUUAUUUAUAUUUUGUAAUAGGA